CAUGUCAUGUGCCUGUUCGAUGAAAACAAAAAGAAGCACGUUUGUCCUGUUGAUGUUCUGACUUUCCUGACUCCGUCCCAGCCACUGGCUCUUGAAUUAAUUUUCUGUUAAGUUGACGAUGUUAAUGCUGGUCAAAUAACCUCGAACUCUUCCGUCCCGUGUCUCUAAUUCAAUGGCCGACGUAGCGGAAGUUUUAUUCUCGAGUGAUAGCACGGGUGGAAUUACAGCCUGGGAUCCAAGAGCCGGCACUGUUCUACAGUCGUACAAAGGCGUUGUGGUUGCCCCCAGAACCCUAUGUCUCUUAGGACGAGACUAUGUUUUAGGCGCAGAACAUGGAAAGUCACUCAUCAGGGCCUGGCCCUUAAAUCGGAAUGAACAGGGUCAACUUAAGAUGGUGAGCCCUGGAGGGCAAGUCAGCUCCCUUGCCUGCAGCCCUUGUGGCAACUUUAUUGCUGGCGGAGUGUCUACAGACGUGGUUAUUUGGCAAACAGCCACUGGCCUUCAGGUGGCCAACUUGAGCGGGCACUUCCAGAAAGUUACCUGUCUUGCGUUUACUGACGACUCUUCCUUGCUGGCCUCUGCUGCGGAAGAUGGACAAGUCCGAGUGAAUAGAUUGGCUGGUGCCGUCACUGGGAACUCAUCGGAACUUUGGAUUUUCAAGGACCAUGGAGCGGCCAUUAGGGACCUGGUGGUUGGCCGCGGAGGCCUGAACAGCCUUCUCGCCUCUGUGGGUGCUGACCGGACCUGCCGGGUGUACAGUCUGACCUCUGGCCGCCUACUUCUGAGCCUGACAGCCGACUGCGGAGUGACAGCGGCCACGCUUUCCCUCGACCGCAUCUUCAUGGGCCUCUCAUCAGGCCAAAUACGGGGCCACAGAUUAGCCCCAGGGAUUUCCACCCCGUGCCUCACUCUCAGCGGUCACGAAUCCGCAGUAACCUGCUUGACCAUUUCCCUGGACAGCCGACUGUUGGCGUCAGGAGGCCAGGACGGCCUUCUCUCUCUAUGGGACGCACCAAGCGGCCAGUUGCUGCGGAAUCUGGCUCACCGUGGCCCUGUGCUGGCCGCUGUGUUGGCUCUUGCUCCCAGGAACCUGUUUGCUGCUGAGCUCCAGCCAGGAUCUGUACUCCAGCCUUUCAGACGGCCGCUGGCUGACGAUGAGGAUCCUUUAGUGCGUGUUAUUGUGACUGAGAAAAGGGAAGAACUCGAGUUGGAGGAUGAACCUGUCGAGGGAAAUGGACGGGUCAUGGUCGAGGGCAGUCUGGCCAAAAUUAACAAGCAGUUGGUGGAAUUUUGCGUGAAAAAUGUUUUAAAUCCUCAAAAUAAAGAAAAUUGAGCUUCAAUCAUAAAAUUUUUUUAACUACAA